AUGAAUCAGCUGACUAGUAGUGGAUCAUCAGCUAACAUAGAGUCUCAAGGAAUGCAACUGUUUUCAGUUUUACAAGAUCAGUUUGUAUCAGAACAACUGUUGCCGCUCCAGGGUAGUCAAAAUGUUGGUGGUAUCAAUUCUAUCGUGAAUCCGGCUGCACUUUACUACCAGUACAUAUUGCAACAGCAGCAGCAAAAGCAAACUGUAUUGCAGCAGCUUGUGCAGCAGCCAGUCUCCACUUCUGAAGCGGCUCUACGUCAGCAUAAACAGUUCCAUUCACCUGUGACAGGUAUUCAAUGA